UUAAAAUUACUAUUCAACGUCUCUCUCUCUCUCUCUCUCUCUCUCAUUUUGCUUCUCCAAUCAUCUUCAGCUUCUUUCUGGUUUUUGAGGGGAAGCAGUUGUUUUCAAUGGCUGCUUACUUCAGAACAUUCUUGAACAGUCCCGUUGGUCCGAAGACAACUCACUUUUGGGGACCUGUUGCCAACUGGGGAUUUGUUGCUGCUGGGUUGGUGGAUAUGAAAAACCCCCCGGAAAAGAUUUCAGGAAAUAUGACAGGAGCUAUGUGUGUUUGCUCGGCAUUGCUUAUGAGGUUUGCGUGGAUGGUACAGCCUCGAAACUAUCUACUUCUAGCAUGCCAUGCUUCAAAUGAGACCGUGCAGCUCUAUCAAUUGUCCCGUUGGGCAAAGGGCCAGGGGUACUUGCCAUCGGAGAAAAAGGAGGAAACCAGAUCCCAGUAACUUGAUGCAACUGCUUUUGCUGCCCUGUUUCCAGUUAAUUUUAUCAUCAUUUCUGAAGAAAUUUGUUGUGAUUUCAUGUUUCGAAUCCCCUGGAUCAACUUUGUUAUCACAUGUAUAACCAUGCAGCAGCUUGUUUAUCUUGGUUUUCACCCCACAAGCCAUGGUGCAGAUUUGACCUUUUUGUCUAUGAUGCACUAGUCAGGAGGGAUAAUAAAAUUAUGGUUCAUAAAUCAUUUACACGUUCGAAACCA